CGUCGGCGGGACCGUCCGAUGCCGCCACCUGGUGCACGCCGGCCCCGAAGGAGGGAGGAAGCGGAGGAGGAGGCGCCCGAGGCGGGCGUUCCGAACGCGGGCGGCCAGUCAGUCGGUCCGCGAGCCGGCGCGAGCGAAGCAGCAGUAGCAGCAGUAGUCCGGGAGAAGCAGAUUCCGAUGGCCGGUCUCCGUGCUCCCGCCGACUGACCACGCGCACGUGCCGACCAUGGGUAGUCCCGACGCGCCGGCGAGGACCUCCAUGUCCUGGGCGCCGUGGCGGGCCCCCCUGCUGGGCCCCGCGUCGGGCAACGGCGUGCUCGCUUGGCGCCUGGCCGCGGUCGCGGUACAGUGGUUCCUCUUGACCGGCUUGGUGACAGUGACCGUGCUGUGCGUGGUCAGGUUACAGCGGCUCGAGGACAGAGUGAGCCUGCUCGAGCAGAAGCUGCUGGCGCUGGACGUGCGCGCGGACCCUCUCGGCGGACGGGCUGCUGCGGCACAACAACAGAGCCUUCUUACUAGGAAUAGAAGAAAUAUCCCAGAAUCAGAGUGCAUGUGCCCGGCGCAUCGGGGCCUCCAGGAAAACCCGGAUUUCCGGGUGCAAUAGGAAUCGAUGGCCCCAAGGGGGAUUCCGGCGAGAAAGGGGACAAAGGAGAAAAGGGUGACUCGGGAAUCGACCUUGUCUCAAAUGUGAAGGGAGUAAAGCGUUCAGUCAAGAUGCCCCACGGGGGCAUCGCUGACGCCACCGAUUUUAAGGAACUAGCAAAUAUCGGAGUGACAUUCUCUCCAGGCGACGUGUUUAUGAUGAAGGGAUCGCAAGGAGAGCCUGGCCCUCCGGGCCCCCCUGGACCCCCUGGACCACCGGGACUCCCUGGAUUUGAUGGCGGCACGGGACCCCCUGGACCCAUAGGUCCUCAGGGUGAGGUUGGUCCCAGCGGCCCACCCGGCCUCGUGGGGCCUGUUGGCAAGGACGGACUACCAGGACCUAAGGGCGAGAAAGGCGACAAAGGCGAACGCGGCCUUACGACGACGCUGGACGGAAAUACGUUCCCGACGGGAUUCAUCGAAGGCCCCGCUGGACCGCCCGGACCGCCGGGUCCCGCCGGACCACCAGGCAGGAAGGGGGACGUCGGCAUCCCGGGACCACCGGGCGAGGACGGCGCCAAGGGCGACAAGGGAGAGCGGGGCCGCAGGGGAAAGAAGGGCAAUACUGGAAGGGACGGCAGGUCCAUCCGAGGCCUCCCUGGACAGAAAGGCGAGCCCGGAGCGAAGGGCAUGAAAGGAGACUUCGGGCUCCCCGGACCGAGGGGCGAGAAGGGCAGCGUCGGCCACCCGGGAAGGCCAGGAGAAGACGGCGCACCGGGAAGGCCCGGACCGACGGGGCUACCAGGAUCCAAGGGCGAGAAAGGCAGCGCCGGAGAAGCCAGUCCACCUGGCUUGAUGGGAAUGCCGGGACUGCCCGGUCCCCCAGGAAAGCCCGGCCCUCAGGGAGAGAAAGGAGACAAAGGCGAUGGCGCGCCAGUGCGGUACAUGAGACAGAAGUCCAAGCGCAGACCCCCGGAGCAUCACCACCACCACUUCGCCUCCGACCACGGCGGCGGAACUCAGGGGGACAGCGCAUUCGAAACGUCCUACGACUUCGUCAUCGGGCCGCCGGGUCCCCCAGGCCUACCGGGACCGCCGGGAUUCCAAGGUCCUCCCGGCAUCAAAGGCGACAAAGGCAUCGACGGCCAGAAGGGCGAGCAGGGCGAGAAGGGCGACCUGGGACUCAUAGGACCCAUGGGUCUGCCGGGUCCAAUGGGUCCGGUGGGGCCGGCUGGACUACCCGGAAAAGAAGGCCGGACGGGAAUCACGGGGCCACCGGGUCUGGACGGAAUGAAGGGUGAACGAGGUGCGCCAGGUAACAAAGGCGAAAAAGGAGAGCCCGGCCUUCCCGGCACCGACGGCAUCCCAGGGUUACCGGGACCCAAGGGCGACCGGGGCGAGACGGGCAUAUUGGGACCCCGUGGGAAGCGUGGAAAGAAAGGAGACAAGGGCGAUAAAGGCGAUCAAGGAGUACCAGGACUGGAUGCACCGUGCCCGCUGGGACCAGACGGCCUGCCACUGCCCGGAUGCGGCUGGAAGCCACCAAACACAUUAGGCGGUCCCAUGCCACCAGUACCACCGGAAGAACCCUAGACUCAUAAGAUCGCGUUCUACAGAAGCUUCUGGCGGCAUCCAUCAGGAGCACUCUCGAUGUCAUCGUCCGACGUCGUUGGCUCAGAGUACGGCCGCCGGGACUGCGUCAGUGGGCCGCGGGACGUCGGUGGCAGCCGCCUGCAGCCUCGGAGAAGAAGCAGCGUGCAGCGAUCCGCAGACUCGCGCUCCCCACCCACAGUCCCACACUGCUAUUUACGGGUUCUUUUUUGCUGCAAGUUUUGCUCUCAUCGCAGCCCCAGCGCCUCCGGCGCCCACUCGCGCACACGCACACACACAUACACACAGUGGCACGAAAGUCACACACACACACAAAUGUCAUUCAGGCGCUAGUUGACGCGCUCUCUUCGACCGACCCCGAUCACAGCGCGGCUGAGCGCGGAGGUGUGCCCCGUGCCCUACCACUGAUGACCUGCCCACCACUCCACCUUGUUCUUUUGUUUUUUUUUUUGUUUUUGUUCUUAUGUCUAGACUUUUUUACGCGAAUAUUCGCGAGAGGGAAGGAGAAAUGAUGGGCUGAAAGUUGGUGUCUAGAAGGCCUUGUAAAUCCAAAGUGGCAGCUUCCCAUGGAAGCCACGGCGUUCGCAACUGCUCGUUCGUCUAGGCCAAUGGAAUCACUUCAAAGCAAAGCAUGCCCUGGCCCUCUUUGACAACAUUUUUUUUGUGCACGUCAGCGCGGACGUUCAUCGAAGACGUCGUUCAAGAAAAUGGGGUUACCUGGCGCCGGUAUGCUACUUUAGAUGCGCGCGUCAAGACAAAACUAUGACGCUAACUUCCAGAGACGUUUGCAAGAGUCCGCAGCUGGUACUCUGCGUCCUCGCGUAUUCUGCCGCAGUGUAUGUCGAGGACGCAUUCGUCGCUUCCCGGACAAAUCAGAUGCAUCGAUAUCGGACAGACACGGGAAGUUAGUUCCAUGCAAAUCCAAGUUCAACGUGUAGGCAUGUAUCAAAACAGCAGCAAGUGAGAUGGAAAUGUGUAUCGUCGCAAGGUAUGGGAAAGUACGGCGCGAAUCAUCAACCUGCGUAGCUGGAACUGCCGAUGAGGCACCGCUCUUCUUGCCGAACGAGUGUAGCGACGCCCCUCCGUUACGCCCGUGUGCUUGUGCGACACUGAUCAGCCCGUCAUUAUGUAGUGGUCCUUCCUCCCUCUCCGAUGUCUAUCAUUGUAAAUGUCAUCACCUCACCGGCACCACGUGACUCGUCGGCUACCGCUGUAGAGUAGAAGCGAGGAGAGGUAGCUCAGAGUGUACAUUUAUUUCUCGCUAUCUCCUUCUUCCACCCUCCUUCCUUUUGCGUUUGCGAUGAAUAUAAGUCGAGGUCCUGUCGUUAUCGCUGUUCUUUCGUAACAGCGGCCUACUUCGUGUUUUUUGUCAGUUGUGCAAGUGGCGUUUCCGGAUGGCGAGCAGCUCUUUCAUUUCGAAUUGUACGUGAUGGUGUAUUAAACGCACGCGCUGUUUGUUUGGGCGAACAGGUCCAUAUACGCUUCUGUUGAUUUUCGAGCAGCAGAGGCGCGAGAACCGCCAAGUUUCUGUGGUGAA